AUGAAUAUGGACGACACUAUCACAUGCAGUGAAUCCUUGCUAUCGAACCAUCAAAAGGAUACAGAAAAUCAUGUAGAAGAUACAGAAGACGACUAUUCCGAAUCUGGAACUUGUAUCAAUUCAAUACUCUCAGAAACAUCAACGGUUGCCUCAUCAAGUAAGUCAAAUUUCAAAAUGAUAAACGAGAAAGAAAGGAUUGGCGAGCUCAAAAGAAAAAUGAUGCUUCUACUGAGUAAGUACGAUCACAUGAGUGAUGAAAUUGAAGCAAUGAACGAGACAAUCAAAUGUAUUAGAUUGAGAAAUUCCAUUUUACUCAAACGGAUCCAAAAGAGUGACGAUGAAACCUUAAAUGCUCAGCAUACGCAGCUGGUACAGUGA